CGUGGCCAUCGAUGGUUGCAAACAGUUUUCCGCUGGGGCAACAACCAUUCUGAACGCACUAGGAAGAGGAAGGAGAAAAAGAAGCAAAAUCCUACCAACCCUCCCAAAACGGAGCAGUGGUAGUAGGGUAGUAAAAAGUGUGACGGGUUGGUGUUUUAGGGAUGUUUAGGUCGCUAUCGUCGAUUCUAGAGGCAGUUGCGUAGAGCUGCUGCAUUACAACAACUCCCCCAGCUCUACUGCCUCUCAACCACACGCAGAAAGUGUUGUCGGGCAGGUGGUGUGCUUUAAGCAGGCAGUAUCGUGUAACCAGACAGUUAAAGCAAAACAAAUAAAAGCCCACCGAAAGUUAUAAAUACAUCGCUCAGGCUCGAAUAAAUUUUCCUUUUCCUCGGUACCAAGCCGAGUCUAGCAAUGCGAACCUGCUGGGUAGUGAAAAAUAAAUGGAGCGUCUGUGAAUGGGCGGAAGAAAGCGUCGGCUCGCUCAUAGUAACAUAAUGUGUAAUUGUGUCUAUUCCAUCCGGUACAGGAGUUGUGCGUGCGUAUAGCCGUACAUAUAUGUAUGUGUGUCUGUGUAUGUGUGUGUGUUGAGUGUACAAUCUGUUGAACGUUCUACUCUGCCGUCUGCCGACUGCUGCUGCUGCACAGCGAACGGCAAAACCCCUCGCGUAAGCUUUUGUGCCAUUGUGAGCGCAAUUUGGAUGUGAGGCCUAUUGUGUUUGUGUAUGUGUGUGUGCGCCUGUGUGCAACUGUGUGUUCUUUGUACGCGCGCGCGUGUGUGUGUGUGUGCAGAUGGUUGUGGAAUCUUCAGAAAACAGGGACAAAAUGUUCCUAUAUUUGCUGUGCCGCUGAAUUCAGCGCGUUCUUCAGUGGAUGAAAACAAUGGAAUGGAAGGGAAGGCGCUGUUGCUGCUACUUCCCGGAAGCGAUAUUUAUCCUGUCAAUGUGACUCUACCCCGUGUGUAACUAAAUGUGGAUGCUCCGACAUCGUCCGAGAGUCGUUCUGGAUGGAGCAGCGUACUUGCGUGAUGCAAUCAAUAGCAGCAAAGCGAUAAAUCAGCAACACUUUUGUACAACACUACUAGCAAACUAAUCAAGCAGCGAUCAACAUUUACCAGCUGAAGCUUAUUUUUUCUCAAUAAGUAGCAAAUAUUAAUCGUGAAUUUAACAUGAACGUUACACAGUUUGAGAAGAUGAAAUGAUCGCAUUGGAAAACUUGCCGAUACAGCGACUCUCCUGUAACACUCCACAUACUAUGGAACGGUCAUCCAGCCUGUGAAGCAGCGUCAUUCAACCAGUGACUUUGACACGAUCGCACCGAAACACGAAACCAGUACUUCAGCUCACCCGCACGAACACACAUUUGCACGUACUGAAGAUGAAGCUGUAAAUAAUAGUAAGCCUUCAGGGCAUUCGCUCACGUCCCCCCUUCAUACACGAACUACGAGAAGCAGUCUCCAGCAUCGAGCAGCUGAACAUAAAAGGCAGCAAAGCGUCAAUUUAUUUGUUUCCUUCUCGGGAGGUGACGUUACCCAUCUCGGUGGGAGAAAACGCCGUUCAAAAGAGUCGAGAACGCCGUCGAGAACAACAAAGCAGCACAAGCGGUUGGUGGUCCUGUACCGCCUCCCCCCGCACUGUGUAGCUGAUAGAUCUUGAGUUGUUGUGCAAGAGCUGCUUAAGUGACGGCCGCCCAGAACAACAGCAAACCCUACCGUGUGCUUCCGUGCAAAAACCCCCUGCCGAGAGAAAGAUAGAGGAAGAGUGUGGGUGAGCGAGAGUAAGGGGUGUGAGGAAUAAAAAGAGAAAUAGUAAACAACAAUCACACACACACAGACAAGAAGAUGAGUUUCUUCAGCUCGCUACAGCAGUACGUGACGAGUGGAGUGGCCGGGCUGGGGUUAAACCCACGAAGGUUUUCCCUUUCGCGCCAGGAGUCGGCCGAAGGUUCGUCCGGCCCGUCCGGCGGUCACUCGUCCUCGUCGUCCUGCGUCACCUCACCGUACGGUGGCGUUUCGGGUGGGAUGGGACACAGCCCCGGUCCGAGCCCGGGAGGACCGGGUAGCAGCGGCCAGGGCAUGGGUGGCAGUACCGGAUCCGGUGGCAGCGGCAGUGGAGCGACCGGUGGCGGAUCGUCCGGCAUGAUGGGAGGCACAUCGGCAGCGGCAGGAACGUCCCUCGGAUACGGCAAGGUGGCAACACCUUCAACGCUUGCCGCACCGGGCACACCGCCAAUACGACGCCAAUCGUCGGGCCGCGGGCUGGAUGCGCUCGUGCCGCCGCCCCGCCAGGGUUCGUUCCGUGGCCGCAGCUCGCCGAUCAAUCCCAACCCACCGGACAAGCCGUCGUUUUCCGUGUGGAAGCGGCGCCCGUCCUGGCCCGAGGUGGAAAUUAAGUCGUCGUCCGGCUAUCCGUCGCGGGCCCCUAUGAUAAUGGUGCAACCGGUGGCGGAAGAAUGUUUCUCCUCGCACGGUCCAAACGAGCAAGGAGUGACGGAAAUAGUGUAUCGCUUCGACAAAAUGAACCCACCCUAUAAUAGUGUCGUGAGUGCGAAUAACAAUAGUGUGCAGGAGAAUGAUGGUUCCUACUUCGAAAGCUUCACUGCCCUGUCGUGGAAGAGCGAAAACCGGCGCAUGUCCGCGGUGCGGGCGGUGGAGACGCGGGCCGAAAUACUGCCGGAGAAUGACAACGAUCGGCUGCUGGAGGACGACAUCGAGCGGUCGGAGCAGAAGGAACAUCUCUACCUGGACGUGCUGUACGCGAUUGCAAAUACGGUCGGCGCACCGGCACCGGGCGGACAGAAGCGUCUUAAAUUUGCACACUACAAAGAGGAGAUGUACCUUCAGGCGCAGCGCGUGUUCAACGUGUCGGCCGACCGGCACUACCGGCUGCUGCAUGCCGCCACCGAGGAGAAGCCCAAAAUCAUCGUGCUCACCGUGAUCGUGCAGGAAGCGGAAGGGCUCGAGGCAAAGGACGCCAACGGUUUCAGCGAUCCAUACUGCAUGCUCGGCAUUCAGCCGUCCGGUACACCGCCUCCCCCCUCGCCCCAACCACCCAUGACACCGCGGACCCUGUCCGACACCGGCAUGGACAGUCUGGAUUCGCCCGAGCACGGCAAGCUGCGCAAGCAUCACAGCUUUCGGCUGAGCUUCAAGCGCAAGGACGGCCGCCAGCAGCGGGACUCGGUCGGCCCGGUGCCGGCCAAGUUCAUCCGCGCGACCUCGGUCAAACCGCACACGCUGUGCCCGAAGUGGAACGAGAAGUUUAAAUUUGACAUCGACGAUAUACAUUCGGAUCAGCUCCACCUGGACAUAUGGGACCACGACGACGAGAGCAGCGUGCUAGACGCUGUAUCGCGACUGAACGAAGUGAGGGGCGUUAGGGGUUUAGGUAGAUUUUUCAAACAGGUAUGCCAAUCGGCACGGCAAGGCUCGCAGGACGACUUCCUCGGUUGUAUCAAUAUUCCAGUCUGUGAUAUACCUUCAACUGGCCUGGAGGGUUGGUUCAAGCUGGAGGCACGCAGUUCGCGCAGCUCGGUCCAGGGGCGCAUCCGGCUGAAGAUGUGGCUCUCCACGCGGGAGGACCGCGGCACGUCCGAGGAGGACAACACGCUCGAGGUGAAAAAGUUCGAACGGCUGCAGACAAUCUUCAUGAUGCACGAGCUGACCGUGUUCGAUCCGGCCUGGAAGUGGACCGGCGAGCUGGCCGGCCCGUCGCUUACCAUCCUUCACCAGAUGGCUGUGCAAAGUGAUCUAUCGGAUCUACAAAUUUCGUUAGCAAAAUUGGUAGCUAUCAUACGAAUCAAUCGCAAGAAACCGCUCGACACCAAGUUCAUCCACCGGCAGCUGAUCGAGGUGGACAAGCUGUGGAUCAACAACUACAACAACGAACCGCUGACGCGCGAGCUGGAACAGUGGCUGGCCGAUUCGCUCAACGGGUUCGUCGAGCGGUCGCUCUGCCAGAUGCGCCGGCAUCGGGAGAUCUUCCCCGCACUGCACCCACCGUCGCUCGUGCGGCUCGAGUAUCUGCUGCGCUGUCUCGGGCUGCUCGGCUCGAUGCGCGCCUUCCGCCAGGUGAGCCCGUUCAGCAAAGGGGUGCGGGGCGAGAUUGUCGGCGCGUUGCGCAAGGGUUCGAUUACCUGGUCGCAGGCGCAGCUGCGCGAAUCGCAACGUUCGCCGAACCCGCUGGUGCACUACACGACGAUCCUGAUUGCGGACCUGCAGCUGGGCGUUACGUACUACCACGGGCUGUUCGAUUCGACCAACGGCAUCCAGUACUUUAGUAUCGUUUACAAGCAGUUCGAUUCAUUGCUUUCGGAGGAAGUCACCAACCGGAUCGAGUGUGGCCAACUACCCGGCACGAUAGUGAACCACUGGACCAUCCUCGAUCACGACCGAGAGCCCGACACAGCACCGUUCGAGAUCUACUUCGCCCUGCAGGAGUUCCACAACCUGAAAUCGCACCUGUCCGUCACACCGCAGCCACCGGAGAAGCCGCUCGGGCUGCAGAACUUCCACGAGUGGUUCGAGCCCGCCGUACAGCGAUGGAUUUCCGUCAGCAAAACCAAGGCGAUCCAGCGCAUCAAGGCGGCCGUCAGCGUGGAUCAGGUGUGCGAGGGCGAGCGCAUCGUGCGGCACAGCACGUCCUCGAUCGAUACCGCUUCCUGCUUCUACCAGAUACGCGAGUUUUGGAAAAACCUAGCCUGGCCCGACCACAGCUCCGGUGCGCACUACGAAACGCUCAUCAUCGAUCUCGUCUGCACGACGGCCAACGUGUACUCGGACCUGAUCCACCAGGGGCUGGCGGACGGUGGCUCCGGUGGCUAUUACGAUAACAAGCAGGGACAGCAGCAGCAGCCCCGCUCCACCGACGAGCUGUGCGUGGUCGUGAACAAUCUCGAGUACGUGCGCCGUGGGCUCGCCGAGUUUCAUCCCGAAACGCACCAGCUGCCAGAAAAUGCGGAAACCCUGCUCGACAACACGAUCGCCCAGCUGGAAGCGAAAGCGGACCGCGUGCUCACCAAGCUGACCGCCUCGAUGCAGGGCCCGCUGCAAAAGUCCGUGUUUCACCUGGCCUGGUCGCCGGAUUCGCUGCCCGCCAAUCAGGCCGUGAUGCCGCUGCUAGAGUAUCUCGAUUCGCAUCUGGCGACGCUCAAUGUGACGCUGCUGUCGCAAAACUUUUACCGCGCCAUGACGCUGAUCUGGAACAGCGUGCUGACCGAGUUCGCCAAGCAGAUGGAUGCCGGCGGGGAGGGCGAAAAGCCGACCAACUUCCACGACCGCAUGUACGGAGCGCUGCAGCUGCUCGGGGAGUUCUUCAACGCGGAGGGGCUUGGCCUGCCGCCGGAGAUACUGCACAGCGACACGUUCUGGCGGGUGGAGCAGCGGCUGCAGUACCACAAAACCGACACCGACCAUCUGAUCGAUCUGUUCUACAUGCAGCGGCUACAGGAGCAGCUGAACACGAUCGGGCAGACGUCGCUGGGGUCGCUUUCGGUCAAGGCGUACCUCAACCACGAUUCGCUCUGUGUGGAGAUACUGCACGCGAAGGAUGUGAUCCCGCUCGAUCCCAAUGGUUUCAGCGAUCCGUUCGUGAUCAUCGAGCUGUUGCCGCGGAGGGUGUUUUCGCACUGCUCCGAACAGCAGACCAACGUGCACAAGAAAACGCUCAACCCGGUGUUUGACGAGUGUUUCGAGUUUUCCGUCACCCAGGAACAGUGCCAAACCGAGGCGGCCAUGAUCGUGUUCACCGUGAUGGAUCACGACGUGCUGACGGCAAACGAUUUCGCGGGCGAAGCAUUCCUGGCGCUGAACAACAUCCCCGGAGUGGCCACCAACUUUAACAUCGACAACUUUAACGGGCUGGCCCAGAUCGAUCUUCCGCUGCUCGAGAUGAAGGAUAAAAAUCAUCCGAUACUGCAAAUUCUUGAAGGGCGAGUCAAUGACAAAAAUGCUAUGAAUUUUCUCCGCAAGCAGAAGGCUCGUGUCGUUGGUUAAAAUGCUACAUGCUGAUCGUAGGAAGGAAGGAAGAAAGCUUCAACCCAAGAAAAACUAAAAUCUAUGAGGCAUACUUGCACGGAUCUUGAUCCAAAUUAGAGCUCAAUAAUACACGACACGCACAGGCAAAAAAAAACACACAGGAAACAAAAACACUGGAUGCAGAGCAUCGUUCAGCAACUCCCGCAAUCACAUGGAUAGUGAUGGUAUGAUAGAUCGCAACAUUUACGCAUAUGGUAGAGAAUUUAUAUAUAUACACAAAGAAGAAAAAAUCACAUACAUGUUAGAUUGCACCCGAACAGCAGUAGUAAGACUCUCGUAAGACUUGUACGUUCACAUCGCAAAUUACUCAUCGUUAGCGCAUCGUUCCUUGUGUUUCUAUGAUAGCCAACCAUUGCCUUCUAAAAAAAAACAAAAACCAAACCCUUACUUAAGUAGAACGCUGUGCAGUAGUUUAGAUGUAUAUACCCCGCGUAACACGUUGAAAACGCACAAAAUCUUGUUCCCCCCGCACUCCCCUCCAUGCUGGAGUCGAAAUCUGGAUGUCGAUCGUCAAACUCAAACUUUCAAACUACGAAGAGAUAGAUCACUAAGCAGAGAAGAGAGAAGACGACUGGACGGUUCGUGUGACUGUGAGCAUCAGUCGGUGGGUGAUCGGUGUACGUACCCGUGUUCCGAUGCCUCUUUAUAAUUACCUACUUUAGCUUACUAAUGACACUACUAGGGAAAAACAACCACAAACCACAAAACAAAACCUGUAUUUUUACCGAUAUAAAACGUACAACUAUUGACAACGUAAGACUAUCUCAUGAAAGAAAACAGAAAACCCACGAGCGUAACAGAUGUAUCAGAACGCGCAAAACUCUUGCAUCUAAAUUAAAGAGAAGAAGAAAACACCCUCCCCCAAUGCUUUCAUUCGUGGGCCAGAACAUUUGAACAGUUUAUAAAACAAAACAUAACAAGAGCGAGACAAAUUACAGUGAAAUAAGGAUGAGGAAGAGAUUAAGUAUCAAUCAAUUAUAGAGCCAUUAUAGGUGAUGACAGCCAACCCAAUAUUCCCUCUAUCUAUACAAGCUCAUAACAACUCUUUGUAAGGAACAUUAUACACAUUAUCAAAGGAUGAUCGCUAUCUUCUACAGUGAGCAGUACUGCACCGCGCUGUAAACUAACUACACUGUAAAACGGCGUUUGCCAACGUAAAUGUAAAGCAACCUACGAAUGAACACUGAUAGGACACACUACGCUGAAUGAUAGCUGCAUGAAUGAAUGGUGAUGAACGAUCGCGCUGAUGAGUUAAUGGGUUGUAUUCCAAAUUCAUUGAGUAAAUGACCAACGAGAGAGCGGGAGAUAGAGAGUGAACGGUAGAAGACAAAGAUAUAGAGAAGAGAGAGAGAGAGAGAGAGAGAGAGAGAGAGAGAGAGAGAGAGAGAGAGA